ACCUCAUUAUCUUUCACCUUUCCUUUCCUUUCUUUCCUACCUGUUUUGAAUGUGUUCUCUCAACUUUUUGGGUCCCUUGUGAAAAUCUAGAACCACUACAUAGCUACCUAGCUUAUCUUCUUUUGCUACCACUCUCUCUUAACAACUUUAGUUACCUUAAUGCCUGAUAACAUGAGUAUAUCUGUUAAUGGACAAUCUCAAGUUCCUCCUGGAUUCCGGUUUCAUCCUACUGAAGAAGAGCUUCUUCAAUACUACUUGAGGAAAAAAGUCUCUUAUGAGAAGAUUGACCUUGAUGUUAUUCGUGAUGUUGAUCUCAACAAGCUUGAACCAUGGGACAUUCAAGAGAAAUGCAAAAUAGGAACGACUCCGCAGAAUGAUUGGUACUUCUUCAGCCAUAAAGACAAGAAGUAUCCAACCGGAACAAGAACCAAUCGCGCUACGGCUGCAGGGUUCUGGAAAGCCACCGGUCGUGACAAAGUUAUAUAUAGUAAUGGAAAAAGGAUUGGAAUGAGAAAGACUCUUGUUUUCUACAAAGGUCGUGCUCCUCAUGGCCAAAAAUCUGAUUGGAUCAUGCAUGAGUAUAGACUCGACGAUAACACCACCAAUGACACCAAUCUGGUGUCGAAUAUGAUUGGUGAUGGUGGUCAAGAAGAAGGAUGGGUGGUGUGUAGGAUAUUCAAGAAGAAGAAUCAUCUCAAAACCCUAGACAGCCCUUCUGGAGAGGGAAGAAGAAGCCAUCACUUGUAUGAUACUUGUGAUGAAGGAGCUUUGGAGCAAAUACUUCAACAAAUGGGAAGGGGUUGCAAGGAAGAGAAUUAUGAAGCAAAUUACAAUAAUAAUUAUGGAAGGUUUGCUAGGCCUUUUGAAUCUACUCUCAACAACAAUGGUGGUUAUAACAAUGAAAGGUUCAUGAAACUUCCAAAUUUAGAAAGUCCAAAAUCAACAAGCAUGGAGAACAAUGAGAACAACAAUGAUGGGUAUCAUGCAAUUAUUCAAGUAGAUAUGGCUAAUGAAAAUGAAGGGUCAUUCUCUGAUCAUCAUCAUCAUCAUCAUCAUAACAACAUGGUUAAUAAUCCAUUAGAGGCAUCAUCAUCAUCAAUGGUGAUAGCAUGUGGUGAUGGUGGUCUUACUAAUUGGGUAGCUUUGGAUAGGCUUGUUGCUUCUCAAUUGAAUGGACAAACUGAGGCUUCUAGGCAAUUGGCUUGCUUUACUGACCCCACAAUGGGAUAUUGCACUAAUGAUCAAGAUCUUCAACUUCCCACACUUAAAUCAUCAUCAUCAACUUCAUCACUAUCAACACACGCCAGAACUACUACUUCUACUACUACUACUACAGCUACUGCUUACAUUAGUCCCUCACAUGACUAUGCAAGUGAGAUUGAUCUGUGGAACUUUGCUCGAUCAACUUCAUCCUUGUUGUCGUCUUCUGAACCACUAUGUCAUGUGUCGAAUACGUCAGUGUGACAUAUUAAAAUAAAAAUAAUCUCCCCUUUCUUCUUUUUCUUUCUCUUCCCUUGUUCGAUUGUGAAAUAGAUAAAUAACUAGUAACUUUGAUAUCAUAUAUAUCAUUUUUAGUUUUUUUUUUCUUCAUCAAGUCAAUAAGGGAUUAUAUUAUUACAGAAUAUAUGUUAAAUUGGAUAAUGUUGUUAGUCAAUACACAUUACUUGAAUUAGCUUCUA